AUGCCCCUUUUGGAUGGGCUUAGCAAUAGAGAAGCUGUCAAUGGUGGGGUUCACAGUGGUAUUUCAUAUGUUCAAGCCUCCCAGGACAUUCCAGACACGGAAACCCGGGGUAAUAAUGCAAAUAGGCGCCAGAAGAUUGUGGUGGUGGGAUUAGGAAUGGUAGCCAUCUCAUUCAUUGAAAAGGUAGUCAAGCAAGAUGCUGAAAGGAGAAACUAUGACAUCGUCGUGAUUGGAGAAGAAUCUCACGUUGCUUACAAUCGUGUCGGUCUUUCUUCUUUCUUCGAACAUAGAAGGAUCGAGGACCUAUACCUCAAUCCGAAAGAAUGGUAUGGAUCGUUUCAAGACCGCUCGUUCGAUUAUCAUCUCAACACCAGGGUGACCGAUAUCUAUCCCGAGCGCAAGUCGGUCAAGACAUCAAUCGGUGACACGAUCGCAUAUGAUAUUCUGGUUCUUGCAACUGGUUCUGAUGCGGUUCUUCCCAUCCACACUCCUGGCCACGAUGCCAAGGGAAUUUUCGUCUACAGGACAAUUUCGGACCUCGAGCGGCUUAUCGAGUUCGCGUCUAUGCACAAGGGGAAGACUGCAGUCACUGUUGGAGGCGGAUUGUUAGGCCUUGAAGCCGCCAAGGCCAUGACUGACUUGCAAGACUUUGGAAACGUAAAGCUCGUUGACCGCAACAAAUGGGUAUUGGCUAGACAACUAGAUGGUGAUGCUGGGUCUCUAGUGACUCGAAAGAUCAGAGAGCUUGGCUUGGAUGUGUUGCACGAAAGGCGGGUGGCUAAAAUUAUGACCGAUGACGACAAAAAUGUCACUGGUAUUCGCUUUGAAGACGGCGAAGAGAUCGAUUGCUGCUGUAUCUGUUUUGCGAUUGGCGUACGUCCUAGGGAUGAACUAGGAGUUGCUGCAGGUAUUCAUUUGUCUAAACGAGGAGGUUUUGUGGUCAACGAAAGUCUUCAAACCUCAGUUCCCGAUAUCUACGCCGUUGGAGAAUGUGCUAGCUGGGAGAAUCAGACAUUCGGGAUUAUCGCUCCGGGGAUUGAAAUGGCUGAUGUAUUGUCAUUCAACUUAACCAAUCCAGACAAGGAGCCCAAGAGCUUCAAAAGACCAGACUUGAGCACAAAACUAAAGCUUUUGGGAGUUGACGUUGCCAGCUUUGGCGACUUCUUCGCAGAUAGAGAUGGGCCUAAGUUUCUUCCCGGCCAACGUCCGUCAACGGCCACGGAUAUACCGGCAUCAGGCGAAGAUGAAAAAGAGCCACCGGUGAAAGCACUGACGUAUAAAGAUCCAUUUGGUGGUAUAUACAAGAAGUACCUGUUUACUAUGGAUGGAAAAUACCUGCUCGGAGGGAUGAUGAUUGGGGAUACCAAGGACUACAUCAAACUGAAUCAGAUGGUGAAGGCCCAGAAACUGCUCGAGGUACCACCAAGCCAGUUUAUCCUUGGAGCACAGACGGACGGAGAGGAUAAUGCGGACGACCUAGAUGAUGAUACUCAAAUUUGCUCGUGCCAUAAUGUCUCCAAAGGCGAUGUUGUUUCAAGCGUCAAGAAUGGCACGUGUAAAUCAAUCGGUGAAGUCAAAUCAUGUACCAAAGCCGGAACUGGAUGUGGCGGCUGCAUGCCUUUAGUGCAGUCGAUUUUCAACAAAACCAUGCUGGACAUGGGUCAAGAAGUAUCGAACAACCUAUGCAUUCACAUACCAUAUGCGCGAGCCGAUCUUUAUAACAUCAUCGCGAUCAAGAGGUUGAGGACCUUUGGGGAUGUCAUGAAAGCUGUCGGGAAAAUUCCUGACUCUCUAGGUUGUGAAUUAUGUAAACCAGCUAUAGCGUCGAUCCUUUCAAGCCUUUUCAAUGAUCACGUCAUGGACAAGGAGUACCAUGAACUGCAAGAUACUAAUGACAGGUUCCUCGCCAACAUCCAGAGGAAUGGAACCUUUUCCGUUGUUCCUCGAGUCCCCGGCGGCGAAAUCACGGCGGACAAGUUAAUUGUCAUUGGUCAAGUGGCUAAAAAAUUCGGUCUCUACUGCAAAAUUACAGGCGCCCAGCGCAUUGAUAUGUUUGGAGCAAGGAAGCAGGAUUUACUUGACAUUUGGACGGAACUGGUCAAUGCCGGUAUGGAAAGUGGCCAUGCAUAUGCCAAGUCACUCCGGACAAUCAAGAGCUGUGUUGGGACUACAUGGUGCCGUUUUGGUAUUGGCGAUAGUGUCGGAAUGGCAAUUCGACUUGAAGAACGUUACAAGAGUAUUCGUGCCCCGCACAAGCUCAAAGGUGCUGUGUCUGGCUGCGUGAGAGAAUGCGCCGAGGCACAAAACAAAGACUUUGGUUUGAUUUCGACUGAAAAGGGCUUCAACAUCUUUGUGGGCGGCAACGGGGGUGCCAAACCCCGACACUCUGAUCUGCUUGCGAAGGAUGUGCCCCCAGAAAAAGUUACGCAGAUUAUUGAUCGGUAUCUGAUUUUCUAUAUCCGGACAGCUGAUAAGCUACAGCGGACUGCUCGCUGGAUUGAGAACCUCCCUGGAGGAAUCAAUUACUUGAGAGAGGUCGUCGUUGAUGAUAAGCUGGGAAUAGGUGCCGAAAUGGAGCAACAGAUGGAGGAAUUAGUGAGUAGCUAUUUCUGCGAAUGGACUGAGACGGUCAGGAAUCCCAAGCGGCGCAAAUUCUUCCAGCAAUUCGCCAACACGGACGAGACCGUUGAAACAGUCGAAGUCGUCGAGGAGCGAGGACAACAACGCCCCACCUACUGGCCGAAAGACGGCGUGGCAUCUGAGGACUUCAAAAACCAUCAGUGGUCCAGUCUCUCAUGGCAGCCUAUGAUCAAGUCGGAUUAUUUUUCAGAUGGGCCUCCCGCCAUCUCAUCCGCCAAUGUUAAGCGUGGGGAUACUCAGUUGGCUAUCUUCAAGGUUAAGGGCAAAUACUACGCAACACAACAAAUGUGUCCUCAUAAGCGUGCCUUUGUUCUGUCUGACGGACUCAUUGGCGAUGACGAUGCGGGCAAGUUCUGGGUUUCAUGUCCCUACCACAAACGCAACUUCGAACUCAACGGCGAGCAGGCAGGGCGAUGCUCCAAUGAUGAAAGUAUGAAUAUUGCUACGUUCCCAGUUGAAGAGCGGGAAGAUGGUUGGAUCUACGUGAGGCUACCUCCCAUUGAAGAGCUGGACUCUGUUCUAGGGACGGAAAAGUGGAAGGUGAAGAAGGGGGAAGCGUCGGAUCCGUUCCAGCGAUUUGACAAGAAGUACAAGGGGAUGAGAGGCAAGAAAUCCAGAAACGAGGCCACUCAGUGCAAAACAUCAUCCAAUGUAAUUGACUGGUAG